CCACUUGAUCCAAAUGAUGACGAAAAUGUUGAUUUACAGCUGAGACAAACGAGAACAAAAGAAGAAAAUCCAAUGGAGAAUUUAUGGCCAAGACAGAGGAGACAACAAGUUGAAAACUGA